CCCGCCCUCCCACUUUAAACUCCAUGACUCUGCCAAUAGUCCUGCGUCAUCAUCUGCUGCCAGAUCCACUCGUCUGUAGACAUCCUCGGCCGAUGCAACAUGCUGGAGGUCCUUUGCGCCGAUACUUAAGGAGGGGAAGAGGUGUCCGUCGGUACUCCCAGUAACGCUCUUAACUUCUUCCCACCUACCUAACUAUCUACCUACAAUACAACCUAUAUUACUACUACUACUACCACCACCACUAUCACUACUAUUUCUCCAUCUACCUCUCCUCCAAAAUGGCAACCACAAUGACAACCACAACCACCACCGCUACAACAACACAAGAACCUACUCCCACUCACCCCCACCUAAUCCAAGUCAACCGCAGCCCGAUCCCCUUCGCCAGCGGGGCAUACAGUCUGGUGUCCGCACCCGCUGGCUCCCUGCUAUGCAAAAUCACUGGGACCACACCGUCCAAGAAAGCCUACACAUCUGUGCAAACGGGACGGGACAGCCACAUCGAGUUGAACUCCGAUCUGGUGUACUGCAACCACUCGUGCGAUCCGACAGUCAACUUCGACAUGCACAACAUGGAGGUGCGGGUGGUGGAUAACCGCGACUUGAAGGCGGGGGAACCGUUAACGUUCUUCUACCCGUCAACGGAGUGGGAGAUGGAUCAGCCUUUUGAGUGUACGUGUGGCAGUGGGGAGAAAUGUAAGGGACGGAUUGAUGGUGCGAAGAACUUGAGUACGGAGGUGUUGGGGGAGUAUUGGUUGAAUCCGCAUAUUGCUGAGAUGGUGGCUGAGAGGGAGGCGGGGAGGAACUAA